AUGCAAAUGAAACAUACUCGACGCAGACCGACCAAAUCGUGUUUGGAGUGCAAUCGGCGCAAGAAGAAAUGCAAUCGUGAAAAACCGUGCAACCAUUGUAUAGAGCGCGAGGUUGAGCAUCUAUGCAUUUACCGUGAACUCGGUCCAAGGCUCAGAGCAUCUCGUUCUCAACUGCUCGAUCGUGACAUUGAUUGUCGCUCUCGGAGUACAUCCGAUGUGGAUGAUCCGUCCGAUCCGGAGGAUAAAUCGCAUUUGGAAGCGCUAGAUGCUCUUGAAUACAGGCCCCAACGUCCAAAUCGUGUUCUCAAAGAGGCCCUCAAUAUGCCACGACCGGCCUUAGCAGCGCCGAAACAAACGCCCUCGACCGCUAUGCCCAUUCUACCAUCGCAUCUUCGGGAAAGCUUUCCGAAUCGACAAGUAACCGACUUCCUGGUCGAGAUGUUUCUGCGUGAGAUCAACAGAAUUCAUGAACUAAUUCACCCACCCUCGUUUACGCCAAAGUACAACGCUUGGUGGAAAGAUUUUGCCAGCAAUUGCGGUAUUGACGAUGAGAGCAUGGAUUUCGGCUUACUUAUUCUACGUAUUUGCGUCCUGAGUCUCCAAUGUCUGCCUCAUCCAAAUUACCCAACCGUGAGAGUAUUCGAUGGUUCUCCACAGACCUUGAAGCGAAAACUAUAUAGCCUCGCCAACUCGAUGGAGCUGCCCCAGAACCUCGCAAGAAAUAGGAAACGAACGUUGGCAAGCAUUCAACAUCAGUACUACCACAUCUGUUACCUGAAGAAUAACUCCCAAACUCGAGAGUGCUGGUUUCUUCUAGGUCAAACGGUCAAUGAUGCUCACAGCAUCGGUCUUCACCUUGAGAAGCCCGGGCAUCCCAUAGAUGGGUUGGAGAUGGAACUCCGCCGCAGGACCUUUUGGAGUCUGUAUAUCUCGGACAGAUUCAUGUGCACAUUGCUGGGCCGCUGGCCCCUGAUCCCAGAGGGACACUACGACGUCCAACUCCCUCAAGAUAACCUGCAAGCAAUAAUAACUUCACCAUACCAUCUCACGCCAUUCACCGACCGAAUAUACCACAUCAAGCUGGCCCAAUUCAUGCAAUCCUCCAUGUGCUCCUUUUCCUGGAAACAGGACCAAACCAAUCCAUAUAUAAUCGAAAAGCUCUCUCGAAAACUGGAAGACGACAUCGUCACACAUCUUCCCCCAUCAUACAGGUUGAGCAGCCCAGAUAUCUCCUGGGAUUCAGCUGAGCCAUCGAUACGCGAAAAGAGAUUGUGCCUCCGUCUGGUUUUCUACACGACUAAAGCACAACUCUACAGGGCCUUUAUCGACCCAUGGAACUCGCUCUCGAGAAAUCAAGACCCCGCUCCGGAAAAGUCACAGGAUGGUGAAGCUUUCGAACUUUCGUUAACACACCACCGCGCCUUGAUAGACGCAGCCUGUGAAGCCAUUUCCUCUGCCACAAAACUGUAUGAGAUGACCGGCCCUGAUGAGUGCACCGCCCCAGAAAGGUUCUUCAUGCUCCCUGUCACUCUGAUGGAAUCAAUUGCCUGCCUAGGGCUUUGUUUACUGUCCAACCGGCUUGCCGGAUCUAAGGGCGUCCUAGAUUCCGCCACUUUAAGCGAGACCUACAUGAUAUUCCUCGAUGCCUUCGCGCUCCUGAAGUGGCAGGCUCAGGCCUCCGAUCUGGCGAAGCGUGGUGUUCGAACCUUGGAUAGUUUGGACGUCCUUCUAUCCGCAGCAACUCCAAGUCCAGCGAGUGACGAAAAUGCCAUCACCUCGGCUUCCAGCACGGGCCCCACGCCUGGAACCAUUGACUUGGACGAUCCGAAAAAUCUUAUCCGUGGCCAUAGCCGGGUUCCCUUCGGCGAGGGCGGCUCGCUUGAUCUACCGGGCUGGAUGCCUUCUUUUAUGAAAUCGCCCAGCUCUACCUGGCUCUUACACGAGUCGGGUGGAAGGGAAAUCACGAGUAUCAACACGCAUAAUGAUUUGGAGCUAGAUAUCUAG